UAGAUAGAUACAAGCAUCAUGGGUGAAGGUAAAGGUAAAGACGGUAAAGGUGGUAAAAAGGAGAAAGAAGAUGCUACCGCGGCGUUCAUAAAGGACUUUAUCGCUGGUGGGGUAUCAGCAGCCGUGUCUAAGACAGCUAUGGCGCCGAUUGAGCGGGUGAAGCUGCUGUUGCAAGUGCAGCACAUCUCCAAGCAGAUUGCGGAGAAGGAUCGUUACAAAGGUAUAAUGGACGCUAUGGUCCGUAUCCCUAAAGAGCAGGGCCUCGCCGCCUUUUGGCGUGGGAACCUCGCCAACGUCAUCCGGUACUUCCCCACGCAGGCGCUCAACUUCGCCUUCAAGGACAAGUACAAGAACCUGUUCUUGGCGGGUGUAGACAAAAACAAGAAUUUCUGGAAACAUUUCGCCGGAAACUUAGCUUCGGGAGGAGCCGCUGGAGCGACUUCUCUGUGCUUCGUCUACCCUCUGGAUUACGCUAGAACAAGGUUAGGAGCGGACAUAGGCAAAGGCAAGGAUAAGGAGUUUAACGGCCUCGUGGACUGCCUGAUGAAGACCAUGAAAUCUGAUGGACCGCUCGGUCUGUACAGAGGGUUCAUUGUCUCCGUGCAGGGCAUCGUUAUAUACAGAGCCGCAUACUUCGGGUUUUAUGACACGGCACGUGGCCUCCUCCCCGACCCUAAGAACACGCCGCUCCUUCUAUCCUGGUUUAUUGCUCAGACGGUAACAACAGUAGCCGGUAUCCUCUCGUACCCACUGGACACGGUGCGUAGACGCAUGAUGAUGCAGUCCGGCCGGCCGGCGCACGAGCGCGUGUACAAGAGCACGGCCCACUGUUGGGCCGUAAUACUCAAGACUGAGGGCCCCAAGGCCUUCUUCAAAGGCGCAUUCUCCAAUAUCCUGAGAGGCACGGGAGGCGCUUUGGUGUUGAUCCUUUAUGACGAAAUUAAGAAACUCCUUUAAACUGCG